AAAAAAUAAUUAAAAAAAUAAAUUAAAUAAAAAAAAAAUGUCCCAAUAAAAUCACUACAAUCAUUAAAACGUCCCUGAAGAAAUUGCUAAAAAAUUCCCUGCCUUAUAAGGAAAACAUUUUGGGCAUAUAGAUGUUCCUUAACAUGUAUUAGAAUCUGUUAAAAGAAAUGUUACCAAACCUUUAGUAUAAUCCAGAACACUUUAGCCAUUAAUCUAAUAAAGUUUUAUUGGUUAACCUGCUGUAUUAGGAGGUGGUUAACCUGUUAUAUUACCAAGAGGAGUUGCUUAGAAUUAAUUUACAAACACCGGAUUUUUGCAUUAAGGAAAUUCUAAAGUUUAUACAGAUUUAGAUGUGCCAGAAGAUGUUGCGAAAAAAUUCCCUAAUUUACAAUAGAGAAUACAUAAAAACAAUUGAAUAUGAAAAAUAAAAAAAAAGUUAUUUAUCUCUCUCUUUUUUUUUUUUUUUUUAUUUAUAUUUUUAUGCCUUUUUUAUUACUCUCUC